AUGGCGACCGAGACAACAACAACAACAACGACGCAAACGCUGCUCGACCACCAUAUGUCGAGCGACUCGCAGCCGCAUUCGCCCGCAUCGGUAGACUUAGACUCCAGCUCGAGCUCGAAAAAGCGCCCCUCGACGUCGACUGCCGGAAACUCCAAACCGGUCAAGAGGAGAGCGGCGAAAGCAUGCGCCGCUUGUCGCGCCCGAAAGGUGCGCUGCGACGUGAUGCAGCGCUACCAUGUUACGCCGGAGGGCGAGGUCACGUGCUCUAACUGCACCAUGGACGGCAUCAGAUGUGUGAUCGAGGAGAGCAAGCGGCGGAAAAAGCAGCUCUCAAACGGACAGCUCCAACUCCCAGCGGCCACGCCCGCCGCCGCGCCACGAAUAUCGGCCACAGGAGCCGCACAAACAUGGCGGAGUGGGCUUGUUGAUCCUUCAGAUAUCGCAAACCCCGAAAUGCGAAGAUGGAGCCAGUCGGCGGGUUCAAAUUCCAACGACGUGACGGAAAUGGGACACGUUCCCCAUUCAAUCUACCAAAACGUAAGCUCCCAGAUCAACAACGCCGAGAUACUUCGACAGCAGAGUUUUGCCCAAGGUCGAUAUGAGUCCGAUCCUAGCCUGGGCUUCUCCCUCCCGUCCGCUUCGGCCACGGGGGACGGAACGACAGCAAGAUCGGAAUUGCCCGUUCCUCCAAUGUUGAAGCACAAGCUGCCAGGAUACCUCAAGUCUCUUCCCCAGCGGAUGACGUCCGUAGAUAUCGACUAUCUGUUUGCAAAAGGCGCCCUGUCAAUGCCAGAUAUUCCCAUGCGAAAUGCUCUGCUCCAAAGCUACCUGGAAUAUGUGCACCCAUAUAUGCCCCUAAUCGAUGCGUAUGAGGUUCUACACAUUAUUGCCGAUGGAACUGGAGCGACGGGAACGAUAAGCCUACUGCUAUUCCAAGCAAUCAUGUUUGCCGGUGCGGCAUUCGUGGAUAUGGACAUGUUAAGGAGCGCAGGAUUUUCUACUCGGAAAGCUGCGAGAAAGGCACUCUUUCAAAAGGCUAGGGUGCUUUACGAUUUCGACUACGAAAUCGACCGCGUCGCCCUUGUCCAAUCUCUCCUAUUAAUGACAUAUUGGUACGAAACGCCGGACGAUCAGAAAGAUACCUGGCAUUGGAUGGGAGUCGCCAUCUCGCUAGCACACACUAUAGGCCUACACCGGAACCCGGCCAACUCGAAUAUGGAUCCGAAGAAGAAGAAGCUGUGGAAACGGAUAUGGUGGUCCUGCUUCAUGAGGGAUCGCCUCGUUGCACUAGGGAUGAGGCGACCAACUCGAAUCAAGGACGAGGAUUUCGACGUGCCCAUGCUCACAGAGGCUGAUUUCGAAAUCGAGGUUUUGCCGGAGGGCAAUACACUGAUUUCCGAAGAAUGUACCCUGGUCAGAGACGUUGAAGCCCAAAAGCAGCUGGCCCUAAUGUGCAUCGCGAAAGCUAAGCUAUGCCUCUGCGUCAGCCAUGUUUUGGGCGCGCAGUACUCGGUGCUCGUCAAGCAUCAAGGCAUGCAAGGGCAAGAAGGUAGCACUCGAUCUAGCGUGAUGCUCUUCCCAAAGAAACUUGAUCAAACGGAUGAAGUCCAGCGCUGCGACGAGGAAUUGGCCGAGUGGAUCAGAGAGCUUCCUGAAUCUUGCCGCUACACCAGUGAUAUGCCUCCGGGCAACAGCGGACCCCCCCUAUUUGUGCAGAGAUCACUGCUCCACAUGGUUUAUUUCACGACCCUAUCUGCUCUCCAUCGGCCACAAGUCUUACCCUCGGCGUCCACGGCUCAGGCAGAUUCAUCACGAGAACUCCAGGAUCUCUCGCGCAAGAACGUCCGCGAGGCAUCUCGAGAAAUCACCCGCAUAGCACAUAAUCUGCAUUCCCGCGACCUAGAAAAGUACCUCCCCACAACUGGCGUUACCGUUCUGCUCCCGGCCAUCAUCAUCCACCUCCUCGACAUCAAAUCCUGCAACGAUGAUGCCCGCCAAGCAGCCAUGGAUGGCUUCUGCCAAUGCAUGCUCGUUCUCGAGAGGCUACGGGACAACUACUCCUCCGCUGAUUUCGCCAUGCAGUUCCUCGAAGCAGCUAUCCGGAAAGCAGAUAUUGAUAUCGUGAUGGCGAGUUCGCGAGAGAAGCUCAGACAUGAAAACAUCAACACUCUCAUGGCUAUGGAUAAGACGAAGGGGCCGCAACGCUUGAGGGCUAGCAUGAGGACACCGCCGCCGUCGGAUGAAGAAUUUCUGAAGAGUUUCCAGGGCACGGGUAUGAUGGAUAUUGGGAUUCCGGCCGGCCGACAAAGCCCAGACCAUACUUACAACGCGAUAUCAGCACGUACUCCUCCGGAUGGGGAUGCCACUGUAUUCACCUCUUCGACGCCCAAUCCUCAACCCACCCUCUUCAGCAACCCUCAGUUAUCUAGCAACGAGUUCAACCCCAUCUACCCGCAAAAUACCGAACUAGACCUGAACGACUUUGUGAAUUUCGAUACUACAGGAGGUGGAAACGAGAUGUGGAAUGUACCCCUUGAGGAGGGAGCCCACGGUGAGAGUGGGGGCUUCAUGGGCGAUAUGAAUUGGAUUGAUAAUGCGCCGGGUUGGAGUAGGUUGAAUAGUCCGCAGCCGCAGGGUAAUGAUACUUUUAGAGCUGCAAUGGGAAUGACUGAUGGUGAUGUUUCAACUGUUUGA